CGGGCCGGGCCCACUUCCCCGCUCAGGGCCCGGGAGGUCUGAACGGAAGUCCAACCCAACUGCGACCCCGAGCGCGACACCCCGCCCCAUUCACGGCCGCCCGGGUAGCGCCUGGAGACUAAACGGAAGUCCUCCGUACCCGGAGACAACUCAAGCGAGGGACGCGCGGCACGCGCGGCGUCAUGGCUGCCGGCAGUGACGAUGGCGCAGCUUCAGCUCCGGCGGCCUCAGACGGUGGUAUCAACAAAUGCACAAAAUCUGGGGAUGAUUUAGUAAUCCACGUUCCUGUAGUGGAUGUGCAAAGUGACAACUUCAAGGAGAUGUGGCCAUCCCUCUUGUUGGCCAUAAAGACAGCUAGCUUUGUGGCAGUGGACACGGAACUGAGUGGGCUUGGAGACAGAAAGAGUUUGCUGAACCAGUGCAUUGAGGAACGUUACAAGGCUGUGUGUCAUGCUGCUAGGACCCGUUCUAUCCUCUCCUUGGGCCUUGCCUGCUUCAAGCAGCAGCCUGACAAGGGUGAACACUUCUACCUGGUCCAGGUAUUCAAUCUUACCCUGCUGUGCAUGGAGGAGUAUGUUAUAGAACCAAAGUCUGUGCAGUUCCUGGUGCAGCAUGGCUUCAACUUCAAUCGGCAGUAUGCCCAGGGCAUACCCUACCAUAAGGGCAAUGACAAGGGUGAUGAGAGCCAGAGCCAGUCAGUGCGGACACUGUUCCUGGAGCUAAUCCGGGCCCGUCGGCCCCUUGUGCUGCAUAAUGGCCUUAUAGACUUGGUGUUCCUGUACCAGAACUUCUAUGCACACCUGCCUGAGAGCCUGGGAACCUUCACUGCUGACCUGUGUGAGAUGUUCCCAGCAGGCAUUUAUGAUACCAAAUAUGCUGCUGAGUUUCAUGCCCGCUUCACAGCCUCCUACUUAGAAUAUGCAUUCCGGAAAUGUGAGCGGGAAAAUGGGAAGCAGCGGGCAGCUGGCAACCCACACCUUGCCCUGGAGUUCUGCAACUAUCCUUCAAGCAUGAGGGCCCAUAUUGACUACCGCUGCUGCAUGACUCCUACAACUCACCGUCCUCAUCCCACCAGUAUCUGUGACAACUUCUCGGCCUAUGGCUGGUGCCCCGUGGGACCACAGUGUCCUCGGUCCCAUGAUAUUGACCUUAUCAUUGACACGGAUGAAGCUGUGGUAGAGGACAAGCGGCGGCGGCGACGUCGUAGGGAAAAACGUAGGAGGGCUUUGUUGAGCCUGCCUGGGACACAGACUUCUGGGGAAGCUGAGGAUGGUCCUCCCACAAAGCAGGUCCAUGGGGACAGUCUCAAGGCUGAGGAAAUUGAGCAAAAAGUGUCUGAGGAUGAUACAAAGGAGCAGCCUGCCUCUGAUCAAGAUCACAAAAACGACCUGGAGAAGGAGCUUAAAGCAACAAGGUAUGAAACAAAUGACAUGGCUACCUCAGAAGUGCCAGAGUGCCAAGCCAGUCCUAACCCAGUGCCUGGGGAUGGACUGCACCGAGCUGGUUUUGAUGCCUUUAUGACAGGUUAUGUGAUGGCCUAUGUGGGAGUGAUCCAGGGACCCCAGCCCUGCAACUCUGAACCCUGGCUACCUGAAUGUCACAACAAAGUAUAUCUUAGUGGCAAAGCUGUCCCCCUCACAGUGGCCAAGAGCCAGUUCUCGCGUUCCUCCAAAGCCCACAAUCAGAAGAUGAAGCUGGCUUGGGGCAGCAGCUGACCCAACUUAUAUAUGAUAUUCAGCCCAGGAAGAAAGGCUGAGAGUAGAACAGAGUUGUUUGUGUCUGUAGCCUGUGAAUGUCACUCAACUACAAAGAGUUAAGGUGGGAGAACCAGAUACUGCUGCACUGCCCCCCCGGACCUUUUCCUUUACCCCAAAGGCUGAGGUAUGAGGGUACAAGUAAGAAGGCUGACCAGCAUCUGCAACACCAACUUUAUUUUUAAAUCUGAAAGUGUCUUGGGAAAGUUUUACAAAAAAAUCAACAAACGAGUUAUGAAAAUAUUUGACCAACUUCAUUCUUUGGUUAUUUCUUAUUGCGGCUCUGUAAGGACAGACUGUUCCCGAAGCUCCAGCUAUAGCAGGAAGGGGAAAAAAAAUCAGUCCAAGUAUAAACCAUUUAACCAACUGGGUGUUUAUCACCUGUUGAUAACAUAGAGCAGGCCCUAGGGCCUACAAAACCAGCCCCACUCCCAACCACAGGGUUGAAAGUCUUAAUGAGGCAGAACAUUAAGACUCCUUUAUAAAUAUGAAAAUAGAUUAAUCAACUGGAAUAGUUCUUUGAAUGGAUUAGCUAAGAGCCAUGACCACCACACUGCCUUGCCCUUCCCUUGCAUAGAAAUGUAGUGAUGUGGUCUGACCAUGCAGUAAGUGCAAACAGCAAUUAUUCAAGUGUCUUAAGACAUACUGGCAAGAAGCACUCCAGUUCUCAGCCCUUUAUGACCUCCUGAUCAGCUCCAAGUUCCAUCUGGUAGCUUAUAUGCCCCAAAAAAGGGCAACAGAGUCUUGGGAUGGGAGAAGAACCAGGGUAAUACCACUGCCAGUUCAAUCUAGAACUAGGAGUUCUCUGGUCCUGUCUUGGGAAGUAUACUUGAGUCAGGUAGGAACUAGAGCUUCUUGCUGGAUUUCAGAAGCUUAGUAUCAGCAGUUGGUCCUAACUAGGAAGGCCUCUCAACUGCAGCCUUCCCUCUCAUGCAGCCAUUGGGUAUUGGGAACCCAAAAGUUGAACCUGGCUUGACCUAGCCUUUGUGCUCUUAGGGCUCCAGGGAAUGGUCAAGGGUGUGCACCAAGGGGUCCCUAUGGCUUCAGCUGAAGGUCCAUCCCCAAGGUGAGGCAGGGACUAACCCCCCCUCACCCAUCCUGUUCUCCCUGGAUUUGCAGGCCUAUGCCUGAGACAGAGCAGGGGACUGCAGCCAAGUUUCUUGGCCUGCCUUCUUCUACCUCCAUUUCUUCAGAGGCACUUCUGCAACAUGGGCUUGUCUCCUGGGGCUUGGGCCCAAAACCGUUUUCUUCCUGGGGAUUAGAGCAGUCCAUGGCCUCAUGGGCUGGAGCAGCUGCCCGGAAUGGUGGGAUCUCUCUUACCCUGUACUUGAGACUACUGAGUCGUGGUGGGGGCCCAUCAGAUAGUGAUUCUUCAUGGCACAUAAAUGGGCAGGCCUCCUGACGCAAGAAUUCUGGUGAACCAGGCAAAGAACGCCAACGGCGAGCAGGUGGGGCCAAGGGCUCCUGCCAGUCAGCCAGGGGUGUAGUUCUAGGCCCUGGUGCAUCUAGGUCAAAUACCAGGGAGAUGACAGACUUGCUGGGUAGGUCAAAGAGCUUGAUCUUCCCACCCUUGAGGUCCUGACGAGCACUGAAAGGGUUGACUUUGGGGGUGCGGGUAGCACCAUCUCUUGGUGGCUGGUAGUAUGGGUCCAAGACACUCACGGUACGUGGAGGUUUACGAGAAAAGAUGUCUGACUGACUUCGAGACAGCCAGAUAGUACGUCUUGGACGUGGUGACUUGUGGGGGAUCUUGUCAUCGAGUGAGCUCAGCCGCUUCCCCGCAGGUACUUUCUCUAAGAGUCCUAAAGAACAGUGAGUCAAAUCUGGGUUCUCAGUAGUCAUAAUCAAUAGAAGUACCUACCACUUCAUCACAGUGUUUUCACUCAGGAAAGCAAAGUAGGACCUGUUGUCCCAUUUUAUCAAUUAGGAAACACUCAGAAGAAUUCAGUAUUGUCAAGUCACAACUCUUAAAGAGUCCAUAACUUUUUUCCCCAUAAUCUCCUACCCUCUUCCUUCUAGACCUAAGUUCUUGCCAUCACAACCCUGGAAGGGAAGAUCCCAUAGACUAAUUUUCUCUGUUGGGAUCAAGUUGAGUUGUCUGAUCUAAUCUGCUCUCUUACCCUUUGCUGUGGGCUGCAGUUUCUUGUCCCUCUCCAGCUCUUCUUCCUGUAGGCGGUUCAUAAUUUCCUCCAAGGUCUUCUCAAUCUCCACAAAGGAUGGACGCAGUUUGGGGUCCAUCUGUAGGCAUCCACGCAAGCCAUGAGUACUGCCCUCCUCCCACCCCACGAGUGGAAUUUGAGUAUAUUUCUAGCAUCUUUUAAGAGUCAGAUGUGCAGCUUUGAGGUUUUCCUGAGGCCCUAGGCCAUGAGAGUGAUUGCCAGGGAUAAGGCAGGGAAGAUGGCUACUAUCUUAUUAUCCUUUACUAUCUUAGUUCUUUUUGUGUGUGUAUUUUGUCCCCUUGCUAAGAACACUACCCUCUAAAAGUGUAUACUCACAUUGGGUUCUUCUGUUUUUCCUUGAGUUCUGAUACUGAUGUGUCUUGGGGAAUUACCUGAACAAAGCUUAGCUACUCUUUGGUCCUAACAGAUCUAGCCCAGCCCAGAGCUGAAAAAAAGGAAGGCCAACAAGCACUUUCCCCAUGUGCCUCAGAACAGGCAUAACCCCACAGUCCCAACAAUAAAACCUAUCCAAAGUUCUGUCAAUACCCAAAUACAAGAAGUGGUAGGUCUGUCCUGCAAGCUGAGGAUUAUUGGGUAAUACAAAGCUGUUUUUUCUUCCCUUGGUCCAAGGUUCUAGAGAGCCUGGCCAAGCCCAGAAGAGGAAGUGUGGUUUGUGUUACACACCAGUGAAACUGUAUCCCCUCAUGAGGCUAAUCAGCUGCCUCUCCCUAUGGUCUUAACCAGGUGAAAAGGAUUCAGCCAGCCCCUGACCAAAGUCACAGGGAGAAGGACACUCACAUUACAGCAGUUGAAGGUGAGCUGCAGAAAGUCUGGGGGACAGUCUCCCACCAUGUGUUGGAAAGCGUCAUAGUCCAGCCCGAAAUUCUGUGGAUGAGUAUGGUGGGGAGGGUACAGGGACAUGGGUAGACAGGUCAUUAAUCCCCCUACCCAUUCUGGCCUGCUCAGAAGAGGAGGCUGGGAGCUGCCUCUCAGAAGUAGCCACAGAAUGAAUACCAGCAACUCCACCCCAAGGACAAAAUAGUUCUAUAAGCUCAAACCAGCCCCAUCCCAGUAGCACUGGGCCCCAAGCCUGCAGCUCACCUCUGUGCGGGGAAGAUAGUCUGGAUCGGCCUGGAUGCGGGCGAUGAUUUCACAGAGGAUGAUACCAUAAGAGAACACGUCUGCCUGGUGGGUAGUCAGACCUCAGUUGCUCUCUCAAUGACAAGAGGAUUGGGGCAUCUUCCCCCAUGUCUUAAUGGCCCAGACCUAGGACUUAUAGCCCAUAUUUCAUCUAUGUAAUUCACUGAGAACUGUCAGGUGCCAUCCCCACUCUGGGCAGAAAAAAAUGUAGAUCUUCACCCUGAACAUAAAGGUGGACCCUGAGCACCUUCUUCUAAGAGUGGAUUCUAAAAAGAACUGGGUCUCCAGAUCCUCCAGACUUACCUUCUCAUUAUAGGGCUCAUCUCGGAGAACCUCAGGUGCCAUCCAGAAGGGUGAGCCCACCACAGCCAGCUUCUCACUCCCUAUGCUGUGGGGUGAGAUUAUAAGGAAAAUGAGUUCACCGCUGCCUGGCACACUGGGGAGUUUUUGAAUGUUGGAAAUUCCUCUCUCCCAUGGACGGUACAGAGUAGGACUGAUUGAAUUCAGGGAGUAACACCAAACUGUUGUGAUCGAGUCCUAGCCUCUGGGAGGAAGCUGGACUUUCCCUUAGCUUUAACCCUCUCUGCAGCCCUAGCAUCCAUUAGGACUACUCACCUGGCAUCAGGGAUCUUCUCAGCUAGGCCAAAGUCAGCCACCACUGCAGAAUAACCGUUCUCAUCUCUCUUUAUCAGGCAGUUCUAGAGGUCCCAAAGAAGAGAAGAUUGCUCACAAGUAGGAAUCAGUGAAUAGUUACCGCCAAUACCUCCCUACUAUAGGCCAUCUUGUCCUCUGCUUCUUGGGUGAACGACAUUCUUAGACAGACUUCGGUGGUCAGAAAUGGAGGCUUUAAGACAGCCAUAUGAAAUGAGUUAGUCCUGGAACUUGAGUGACUACCCUAGGUGUCACUUCAGGCUCCAAACACAAAUAUUUACCCUUGACUUUUAUGUUCUUGGCAUAGUCUUAAGUGCCAGAGAUACCUCAAUAAACAAAAAGGAAACUUUAGUCCUCUUGAUGCUUAUAGUCUAGUGUAGGACAAACUAUCAGGCCCUUGGCCUCCUGGUCCCUGCCUUAACUUGCCAAGUAAGUUAAGUCUAGGACAAGUACUCAUGCCUACAUUAACUUUCACUGCCCACCAGACUACAAGCAACCUCAUUCCUGGCAUGAAAAGUCUCAUCUGGCUGGGAGUGUAGCUUAGUGGCAUUGUGUAUGCUUAGCAUGUGUGAGGCCCUCAGUUUGAACUCCAGUAUUACAAAAAAGACCUGGCUCCUCUAACUGGCCUACCUACCUCUACCUGCCACCUCUCUGCUCCUGGUACUCCUAUGCAUCCCCGAUCCUAUUUGUAAUAAAUAAGCUUGACUUCAAAAUUGAACAAACUGCCAGAUGUGGUGGCACACGCCUGCAAUCCCAGUGGCUCAGGAGGCUGAGGCAGGAGGAUUGCGAGUUCAAAGCAAGCCUCAGAAAAAGCGAGGCACUAAGCAACUCAGUGAGACCCUGUCUCUAAAUAAAAUACAAAAUGGGACUGGGGAUGUAGUUCAGUAGUCAAGUGCCCCUGAGUUAAAUCCCUGGUACCAAAAAAAAAAAAAAAGAUUGAACAAGUCCUCUAAAACUUUACCUUUGCUUAUACCAUUCCCUUCCAUU